AUGGCCAUAGCUCCCACAGAUUUGACAGCAUGGUCUGGAACGACUGCCACCCGCAAGAGCAAGUCUAAGCCAUUCUGGUGGACUGAGGCCAUCAGGGCCGAACAGCAACGAAACACCCCCACUAUCAAGAUAACCAAAGCGGUCCCAAUCAUAAUCCCACCCCUAACCCCAGACACCAUCUCAAACCGACCAACUUCCCCAGAACUCCCACCCGAUGGCAGCGUAGUAUCAGAAUCAGUCACAUUAGCAGUAGGUUCGGGUAAAUCCACAUCCAGAAGAGUAUUGGAAGUCGGUCUCUCUCGCAUCGAUCCCGGAGGAGGAGUAUUAGACCCUCCACUCGGAUCUAUCCCCCUUGAACUUGGUGGAUUAGGUCCCAGUGUUCUAGUUGUGGGUUCAGCCUCUAGUUACGAAGUAGUAGGCUCGGAUUCCACUGAAGUUGUAGUAGUAAAGGGAGAGGGUACCGGCCCCCUAAUCUCCGUCAUAGGCUGGGGUGGAGUAUGGGAACUAAGUUCCCCAGCAAGGAGACCCAGCUCCCUCUCAGCUUCCGCAGAAGUUGUCGCAGAAGCCGAAACAGCACGAACGGUAGUCCUUCUCUCACUUGUAACUUCCAGUGUUCUUCUAACUUCGACGUAG